AUGUCACAGCCAUGGGAUUAUAUUGCUAAACUUGUUUGCAUCGGUGAUUCUGGGACCGGCAAGUCCAGUCUCACCAUUCGGCUAUGUGAAGGUCGCUUUUCGCCAUCCCACGAUGUCACCAUCGGGGUUGAAUUUGGGUCGAGGAUCGUCCCCGUUGGCCCCCCUGCCUCUCUAGAGCUCGAGCUCGAUGCACCUCUUGGCUCUGCUGUCGCCGGCGAGACCCUCGAGGAAUCCUCCGGCCUCCCCAGUCCGCCCCGAAAACCACAGGGCUCGCAACAAAAAAAAAUGAAACUGUCUCUUUGGGAUACAGCGGGCCAAGAAACCUACAAGUCAAUCACUCGCUCUUAUUUCCGUGGCGCCUCCGGAGCUCUUCUAGUCUUCGACAUAUCGCGGCGUUCCACUUUCACAUCAUGUACCCAAUGGCUUCAAGACCUUCGCCAGAUCGCAGAAGAAGGCAUUGUUGUGAUUUUAGUAGGAAACAAAACUGACUUGGCAGAGCAACCAUCAGGCUCCAAUCAAAGACAGGUGACGCAGCAAGAAGCAGAAGAGUGGUGUCGGUCGAACGAUAUUGUGCGCUACGUCGAAACCAGCGCCAAAUCGGGCAACGGUGUGGAACGGGCGUUCUUGGAGGUCGCCGAACGGAUUUAUCGCAACAUCGAGGCUGGUAAAUAUGACCUCAACGACCGACGGAGUGGCGUGAAAGGCUUCGGAGCUUCGGGAGGUGCCAACGCAGGGGUGCCUCGGACAGUCACAUUAGGCAUGGAUGAUGCGAUGCGCAAUGGCAAUGGGUGGACCGGGAAUUGCUGUUAG